UGAUUCAUGAUUCAUUCAUUACACUGUGAUUUACUCGCGAUAGUUAUUUUCAGUGACUCGCAAUAGUCGAUGUGACAUAUGUUCAUCGACUAAAUUAUAGGCACGAUGCCUUUCGCCUUAAGUUGCGAUUUAUAAAUGAAGGAAUACUUCCGCAGUAACUUUUUCUUUAUUACGUUUUAAAAUUUUAAUCGUUUUUUUUUAUGUUUCGAUAUUUGACGAGAAGCUUCAUGGAUUAAAAUCUAUUUACCGGCCCAAUUGGCCAAAUCAAUUAAAUUAUUAGUGUUUUCAAUGAACUUUAAACCUUCAACACAUGUAGCACAGAUAUGUAUUAACUGGCGAAAUACUAUUACUACUAUUACUUAUUGUACUACAUGGUAUACUCUUUGGUCUAUGAAAAUAAGGCGAUUAGGAUUUAUAAAUAUUUAACCGCAAAGUUAAAAAAAUUAACAGAAAAAGUACACCUACCUACCUACUACAUACAUACCUCUUCUAGUCAUAAUGACUUCAGAAUCUCAAACGGCUGAUUAUCAAAAUAGGAGAUGGCAACAUAUAAGGAAGCUGCUGGAAAGAUCUGGUCCUUUCUGCCAUCCAGAUUUUGAAGCUUCAGCAGAAAUUCUAAAUUUCAUCAUGAACUGUUGUAAAGUUCUCAUUGUUGGGGCAGGUGGUCUUGGUUGUGAAUUAUUGAAAGAUUUAGCCUUAAUGGGCUUCAAAAAGUUACAUAUUGUAGAUAUGGAUACAAUAGAACUAUCAAAUUUAAACCGGCAAUUUUUGUUCAGAAGAAAUGAUAUUGGCCUACCUAAAGCUAAAUGUGCUGUGGAAUUUGUCAAUAAAAGAGUUCCUGGGUGUGAAGCUGUAGCUCACCACUGUGCCAUUCAGGACCUUGAUGAAGAUUUUUAUAGACAAUUUCACAUUGUUGUUUGUGGGCUUGACUCAAUUAUUGCUCGGAGAUGGCUUAAUGGAAUGCUGGUAUCCUUGUUGCAGUACAAUGAUGACAGAAGUUUGGACCAGAGUAGUGUAAUUCCAAUGGUGGAUGGAGGUACUGAGGGAUUUAAAGGCAAUGCUAGAGUUAUAUUACCUGGCAUGAGUGCAUGUAUUGAGUGUACUUUAGAUCUAUAUCCCCCACAAAAAACUUUCCCUUUGUGCACCAUUGCUAACACUCCAAGAUUACCAGAACAUUGUAUCGAAUAUGUUAAAGUAAUUCAAUGGGCAAAGGAGAAUCCAUGGGGUAGUUCAACAACUUUAGAUGGUGAUGAUCCACAGCAUGUCGUGUGGGUGUAUGAAAAGGCCCAAGAAAGGGCAAUGAAGCAUGGGAUUGCUAAUGUUACAUACAGGUUGACCCAAGGAGUUUUAAAGAACAUUAUACCUGCUGUUGCCAGUACUAAUGCUGCUAUAGCUGCUGCUUGUGCUACAGAGGUAUUUAAACUAGCUUCAUCUUGUUGUGUGAAUAUGAACAACUACAUGGUACUGAAUAUGGCUGAUGGUGUGUAUACAUAUACAUUUAGUGCAGAGAAAAGGCCUGAUUGCGUUGCUUGUUGCAAUUCUACUAGGGUUAUGAAAAUCGAUCCUGAUGCUACAUUACAAUAUAUUUAUACAAAACUUUGCGAAGAUCAAGCUUAUUUGAUGAAGAGUCCAGGCAUAACCACUGUAAUUAAUGGAUGCAAUAAAACAUUAUACAUGUCAUCUAUUAAGAGCAUUGAAGAAAGGACAAAAGAUAAUUUAAAGAAGAAAUUAACAGAUUUGGGUUUGUUUAAUGGUGCUGAUAUAUUAGUAGCAGAUGUGACUACUCCUAACACCAUAACCAUAAAAUUAAAAUUCGAAACUCUUGAUGUUGAUAUGACUAAAUAAAAAUUAAAUUAAACUAAUAAACAAAUAUCCAUCAAA